AUGAGUAAUAUCACUCGCAAGCUUGUAGUCAUCGGUGAUACAAGCUGUGGAAAAACUAGUCUCCUUACUGCCUUCACACAAGCCAGGCCUGUGAGCGGUGAAUUACCUACCUUGUUAGACCUUGAGGAGGUUGUCUCCCCGAUCGCGGGGAGCCGGACCCUGAUCUCCCUUUGGGAUACUGCUAAUCAAGGAGAAUUCGCCAAGUUGCGAUCUCUUUCCUAUAUCUCAUGUGAUGUUGUCUUGAUCUGUUUCUCCAUCGAUUCGCCUGAAUCUCUCCGCAACGUGGCCACAAGCUGGGCCCCCGAAGUUCGGCAUUUCUGUGGUGAUAUACCGACUAUAUUAGUUGGCUGUAAGAAGGAUCUGCGUCGUGAAGAGAAUCCGAAAGCGAGUACUGCAUUCUUGCAGACGAUGACGAAGUUCCUGGGGCGGAAGAAAAAUCUGCGAUCUGAUGAAAAGCCAAAGGCGAGUGAUGAGGUCUCCCAGGUGGCAACGGUGCAGGUCACCCCAAAGGAGGCUAUCAGGGUAUGUCGCCAAAUUGGGGCUAUGAAAUACGUUGAAUGCUCAGCUGCCACUUUGGAGGGGGUUCGGAAAGUAUUUGAGACCGCUGCACAGGCCGUCACCCACUACAAGAGUGGCUAG